CGGGACGUGCGCACCGGGUGCGCGGGUGGGAGGGGCCUGAUCGGCCGCGGGAACCCGAGCUUGAAGUCCGGGUGUCUGAGCCGGGGCUCCGGAGGGAAGGUCGCCACGAUGAACACGGUCCUGUCGCGCGCGAACUCCCUGUUCGCCUUCUCGCUGAGCGUGAUGGCGGCGCUCACCUUCGGCUGCUUCAUUACCACCGCCUUUAAAGACAGGAGCGUCCCGGUGCGGCUGCACGUCUCGCGGAUCAUGCUAAAAAAUGUAGAAGACUUCACCGGCCCUAGAGAAAGAAGUGACCUGGGAUUCAUCACGUUUGAUAUAACAGCUGAUCUAGAGAAUAUAUUUGAUUGGAAUGUUAAGCAGUUAUUUCUUUAUUUAUCAGCAGAGUAUUCAACAAAAAAUAAUGCUCUGAACCAAGUUGUCCUUUGGGACAAAAUUGUUUUGAGAGGUGAUAAUCCGAAGCUACUUUUGAAAGAUAUGAAGACAAAGUAUUUCUUCUUUGACGAUGGAAAUGGCCUCAAGGGAAACAGGAAUGUCACUUUGACUCUAUCCUGGAAUGUUGUACCAAAUGCUGGAAUUCUACCCCUCGUGACAGGAUCGGGACAUGUAUCUGUGCCAUUUCCAGAUACUUACGAAAUAACCAAGAGUUACUAAAUUAUUCUGAAUUUGAAACAUAUUUUUAUACGUGUUGAAUUGCAUCUCAUCUCUUCCCGGUUUCUUCAUUAAUUUUUUUUUUGUUUUUGUUUUUGUUUGGAUGUAAGAAAGACUCACAUCAGAAGACACAGUUGAAGUGAAAGGUUCUGAGCUGCGUAAGCUUAGCUUUGUUAACAAACGGACGGAAGCAGCCUCCCAGAGAAAAGUAGUAUCAAGAAGCAGGCAGCGGCACAGGAACAGUUCGUCAGCAGUGUAGGUUUGAAAUAUUUAUUUGCAUUAUCUUACGCAAUACAAAAUGAUCAUAAAGGGCUGUUAGAUGUUCAAGUGUCAUAAGAAUUCAGGAUUAUAGAUUUUGUGUUCGUGCAGGGUGGUUGUGACUUACUCCUGGGCAUUCUCUGUGUCUCUCCGUGUGUGCUAGAUUACUGGAAACGUUAAUGUGGUUCUUUGAAGUCUGGUUUACAAUGGAGCAGAGUGGUAGAAUUUUAUUCCAUUUCUUUUAGAAACCCCUAUCAUGCUGGCUUUCCUUACGUGGGUAGCAGCUUUCUCCAGAUAAAGAGGAAGGACCUGUUUGUAUGCUGUAAAAUUGAGCGGGCUCAUUGUAAAGUUCCAACCCAACCAAAUGUGCAUCUUUCAAUGUGUUCAGAGUGUUUCUUUGUGUAUCUCUAUACAUUUUUACCUUUGCCAUGGAAAGUUGAAAAUGUGUGCAUGGAUUACCUCCUGAAUUGACUUCAUCCCACUGACCUUGGCUCUGUGAGUAACUGCAGUUCUCUUAGCUCCAUACUUUAACAGCUGGUGAGAAUGUUUGUGCUUUUCCACCGCAGAGUUCUCUCAUAUGUUGAGUGUUGUUGUCCUGAGUGGUCCUAAUGAGGUAGACAGUGCAAAUGUUAGCUCUUUGCAGGUGAAGAACAUGGAACCCAGAAACUUACUGACUUGCACCCAAAUUAAAAAGCAAGCAGUGGACUUCUUUUAUACUUCAGUUUACACAUGGGCCACAUUCGUGCAAUUUUAUUGUAGUUCAUUAUUCUCAUUUUCCUUCUGGGAACGAGAGAGUAAGAAACUAAUUUUCUAGCAGCCGACAACUUACACAGUGAUAUCUUCAUGUAUAUUCAUUUUUACCCAUGUUGAAAUAACUAUAUAGGUUUGUAAAAUAAUUUAGAUUUUAAAUACAUUAUAUAUGACUGAAUAUGUAACUAUAUUUGACAUGAAAUUUAGUUUCCUCAUUGACAAAUACCCUCAGAAUUAGCAUCAGCAUAUUGGCUACUCUUAAAUGCAAGAGUAGACACUAGGCACAUUCUGCAGCAACCUAAGAGAGCUGUUUACCAGCAAUAGCAUAAAAUAGCAUUUGUUCUGUUUACCUCUUGUGUUUAGUGACAUUCAUUUUAACAGCUCUUGUAUGUGGUGGUACAGUUCUUACAAAUGCAUGUGCAUGAGGUUUUUCUUACCAGCAGGAAGGUCAGAGGCAUACCUUGCGAUUGGCACUAACUAGCAUGUUCCUUAAACAUGUAGGGUCUGUUUCUUUGUCUAUAAAAUGUUCUUUUACUAGGACAGAAGUCUGAAAUGUUUUCUGUUCGGCAGAUUGUGAACAGGAAAGCACCUUAGUGAUCUCACGUCAGAAAAGUGAUGGAAAGAUUACCAAGAGUUCAUAAGGGUCUGAGCUUCUGCUACAUUUUAUACCUACAAAGUUGAGCUUUAUACAUUGAUCAGAUACUAGAUGUGUAAAGUCUGCAAGAGUCAACGCUUAGAGGAUCUGGGUGCGCCCUAGCCAAGGAAGCCUUGACAAGUCUAGGGCAUUAAAGCCACACCUCAGUUCAGUUAACAGUUCACUGUGCCUUUGUGAUGAGUGGAUCUGUUGGUUGAGCACAGACUAACUGGCACUGACAUUGUCUAGAAUUACUAUGUAUCUGAAAAGCCCACUUCAGGAGUUUGGUAAGGAAAACCCAGUGUGACAAUAGCCUUUGCUUUUACCAGACUAGGGGAGCUGCUCGGGAUACGGCUGCUCCAGCAUGCCACACUAGCCCUCUUUCUCAGAACUCAAAUGUGGGCGUGCACGGUUUUAUCAGUUUGUCCUGAUUCUAUAAUCUGCAGAGUUUGUGUGUUUGAUAAGCAUCUCUAGUCUCAGUGUUUUAGAGAAGACCCAGUGCUUCAGCGUCUGAGCCCAGACACUGUGAAAAGAGGAUGAUUGCAAAAAUGUUAGUAAAGAGGUUGAGGUUAGAAAUGAACUUGAAAAUGUAGCACUCAGCAUAUCCCUCUCAGUCUUAAUUAGAAGUCUUAACUGUGUGCUUGCUUGUCCCUGGCCAUCGCAUUUAGUGUCCUCAUGCUGAAAGGAAAAUAACAGCUCCAGAAACUGUUGAAAAUAUAAUAGGAAAACUGGCUGGUUCGAAUUUCUCUUCUGGACGUUGUUUUGCAGUUCUUCAGUGGUCUGGCUAGCCAGUUAUUCCUGUGAAGAAUUGGACUUUAAGGAUCUGGAGCUUUAGUGGAGGCUGGCACAGGGGGCUGAUAGCGGAGAGUCUGCUUUCUGAGACUUCCACCUCGUAGCUGUGACCUUUGAUUGUAAGCAAACAUCUGUCUAUUUCAAAAGCUUCCCUUGCUUUCAGUAACAAACCUGUGUACCUUACUGCGAGACUGCCAAUGGCUCAAAGAUGUAUGUUUGAAAAAGUUAUUUCAUAGUUUUUAUGAAAUUUGGGAAGCUGUUUACUUAAAAAACAAAUGCACAAGAAAAUAAUUCGUAAAAAUGCUGAAUAUAUAUGUGCAAAAAUUUUUCUUAACUACAAUAAAUAUUCAAAAUUUUUCUAAUAAAGAUGUUUGUUUUUCUGAGUAAAAAUAUGUAUUUUAAAGACUUCCAGAUUUACUCAUUUUUGUGAAGCUGUUAAAGUAAGAAGAGAAAAGUAGUAUACUUGAGGUUUGAGGGGGGAGUAUGCAGUGGGGCUUUGGGGGUUCAAUCGCUCUAACCAGAGUGUUCCCAGAGGCUGUGUGCUCCCAAACUGGACUGGAAGUCCUCAGAGGGCAGGCUGUCAGAUUUGUGCAUGUAGCUGUCCAGUACUCAGCGCAGUGUCGUGCAGUUGAUAGGAAGGUGCCCAAUCAGUGACGAAGUGCUGUGUCUAAUGUGACCCAGACAUAGAUUACCCUAUACACUAUCCCCUUUGGAAAUACUGCUUUUAUUUUCUCUCACACUCCUGAUUUCUCCUCCUUUGUCUUCAAGCUCAGUUGGAUUCUCCAAUAAAGAUAAAUGGUGGUGUCACCUGGUUCUGUCACUGCCUUGUCCCAGGUUUUCAUUGAGGACUGACUGACCUGACUGAUAAUGGCCUGUGACAAGGGUAAUUAAGAAACAGUCCCAAGCCCAAAGAGACUCAAGUAAAGUACUCACGAUCCGUGUCAAGUACUGCUCUGAAGAGAUGAAUCUUGCUGUUCAGUUCUUUGGUUUGACCCAGAUAACGGCUCUGAACCUACUGAGGUCUGGAACUUCUCAAUUCUCUACCUCAAGAGAAGAAUUUCUCAGAAGGAAUAUAUAUCACUAAACUUACACACACACACACACACACACACACACACAGACAGACAGGAUCCAUUAAAACUGUUGAGGUUUGGUCUGUAGCUAUGCAUUAUAAUGCUAAAUACUGGCCCUAGUUGUCUCAGGGAUAAGAGAAUCUUCCGGUACACAGAGUGAUGUGUGCAACUUUGCUCCUCAAUUUAAAACUAUUGGUUGAAUAAAGAUGCCAUCAACCUACAGCUGGGCAGAAGGUGGGGUUUCUGUUCCUGGCCUUGGGGUCUGAGGAAGGACCACAAGAGAGGAGAAGAAGGUGGAGAGAGAAGAUACCACGAGGUAAGUGAGUCAUGAAAACAUGGCCAUGAGGACUGGCCAGUGGGAGUUAAGAACUGCCCAGAUGGACUAUGGCAAGUUAUAACUCGGGGUUAAUAACUUGGGGUUACUGAUGGGGAAGUAGAUGCAAAUACCUUAGAGGGUUGAUAUCUGCCCAGCUCUAGUGCUUUAAAGCUUAUAACGAUUUUGUGUCUUUUAUCUGGAAACUGAAUGAUCUAAGGCAGAGUAGAAACCCCCAAAUGCUAUUAAAUAUUCAUAUAACCGCAAAACAAAAUCAAUGAGUUUAGAGCAUUGUAAUCUCUUUUAAUAAUAAGAGCCUUCCUUCAGA